AAUAAUAACAAAGAUUUUUAACAAAAUAAAAAAUUAAACUAAAUCAUAAAAUAAAAUAUAGAAAAUAGAACAUAACAAAAUCUCGUUUUGGAUAUUAAUGUUUUUAAUUCGGGUAUGAAUCGAUUUUUGUCGGGUCGGGUCGGGUCUAUUCGGGUUGGUUCUUUUUGGGUCAGGGUCUAUUCGUGUCGGUUCUUUUCGGGUCCGGAUCUAUUCGAGUCGAUUCUUUUCGGGUCCGGGUCUAUUCGGGUAGAAAUUUUUUGGAUCCAACAUGCACUUAUAAACUUUCGGAUCGGUUCCGGGUCGGGUCUUCGGAUCCAGCAACACGUUAUAAACUUAACACAUUUUCUGUAUGCACUUAACACAUUUUCUGUAUGCAGCAACGAAGUAUAUAUAUACACAUACAUAUCUAGGAUAAUUAUACGUGCCUGUUUUGCUUAGGAUGGAGACUUUUGUAAUCAUCAUCAUAGCUUUCGCUUCUACUUUUGCUGUUUUUAUAGUUCUUGCGAUUUUGACUGGAAGCGGGCUAAAAGGUGGAGGUGGUGGCGACGGAGGAGGAGGUGGAGGAGGUGAUUGCGGAGGAGAGGAUGGCGGCGGCGGGGAUGUGGAGUUGGGUAAUGGAGGAAACGGAGGUGGGUUAGGCGGUGAUGGUGGUUUAACAGGUGGUUCUGAUUUUGGUGGCCAUGGAGGGUUUUGGAGUUAUGGUGGCGGAGGUGACGGAGGUUUUGGUGGUGGCGGUGGUCGUGGUGGAGGUUUUGGCGGCGGCGGUGGUGAUGGAGGUGGGGGUGGGGGAGGCGGUGGAGGAGGCGGAGGCGGAGGUGGAGGAGGCUGCUGAGCUUGUUUUUGGAAUUCUUGGCGAACAAGCUCAUGGUGGUCCAGUUUGAAUCUAUCCAACGUUGCAGAGAUAAACUCGUUUAUGUCGAUUGUUCCAUUACCAUCCACAUUAGCCUGAAAAUUCAUCAACAUGCGUUGGCUAAUUUUUAGGAUACGAAAAGGUAAGAGACUGUAGUGAUAACUCACGGCUUC